CCAAUGAAAUAUGCCCGUGAAUGGUAGCGACACCCCUUCAACCGAAAAUCCCACCGAGUUAGCCAGUUUCGAAGCAGCUAUUUCUGCUACCAAAUUCGGAAAAUUCCAUUUGUGCCUCUUCCUCCUCCUUAUUCCUGGAUCUUGGACAAGCACUUUUGAAGUUACCUCAAUGUCAUACGUGUUUCCUGCCGCUGAAUGUGACCUAAAUCUCACAAUUCAUGAUAAAGGCCACUUGAACGGAGGCGCUUAUUUUGGAAUGAUAGUAGGUGCUUUACUCUGGGGUUUUCUGUCUGAUACUUUAGGAAGAAAGUAUGUUUUGGUUCUAACGUUUUUACUGGAUUCGGUGAUGGUGGUAAUAAGUGGGUUUUCCCAAAGUUUGGCUAUGCUGUUGUUACUUAAAUUUUUUGGAGGAUUUUUCGCCAGUGGAACUUACACAGGUUUUACUUCAUAUAUUUUGGAAUUUUAUGCUUCAAAAUAUCGAUCAAAAGUUCAAAUGGUUAGGGGAAUUGUAGUAAGUGUAGGGACUGUAGUUUUGCCAAUUCUGGGGUGGAUUAUUAUGCCACUAGAUAUAACACUCAAUCAUCGCAACUUUCUUGUUUUUCAUUCAUGGAAUAUUUUUUUAUUUGCGUGUGCACUUCCGUCGUUUCUUAGUGGAGUAAUUUUUAUUUUCAUGCCUGAAAGUCCAAAGUUUCUUAUGACUGUUGGUCGCAAUCAUGAUGCUCUUAAAAUUUUUCAAAAAAUCUACAGUUUUAAUACUGGGAAACCCAAAGAAGAAUUUCCAGUAAAAAGUUUAGUUGAAGAAACGAUAGAGAGAAAUGAAGAAAGAAAACAUGGUGGUUUUGUUACAGCUAACAGGACAAAAAAGCAAGCUUUAAGAGAAGGUUGUCAACAAGUUAAACCAGUUUGUCACCCUCCUCACCUUAAAUCUCUAAUUCUAGUUUGUACGAUUCAGUUUUUAAAUAUGUUUAGCAUACAAUCUAUUCGUCUUUGGUUGCCUCAAAUUUUUCAGUCCAUUAGCGACUACAAAAGACAAAACAAUGAAACAACUGCAAGUCUUUGUAAAAUGUUAAAGUUGAUAAAUCCACCACAAUCAUCAAAGUGUCAAUUCAAUGUUUCUUCGUCGGUUUAUUUUAGCACAAUGAUAAUUGCAAGUGUAUCGAUUACAAACUACAUAAUCGUAGUACUAUUGAUUAAUAAAUUGGGCAAGAAAAUUUUAAUCUUUGGAUCCUGUCUUUUGGGUGGAAUUUGUGCCUCAUCGCUUUAUUUUGCCCAAACUACGACCGCAGUCUUAAUUUUAUCUUCUCUUUUUAUAUCCAUGGGAGGCAUUUCUCUAAACGCCGCUACAGUUGUUACUGCAGACCUGUUUCCAACAACUUUGAGAUCUGUCACAAUUUCUUUUACAAUGGUUUCAGGACGGUUAGCUGCAAUGCUUGGUAAUGUUAUAUUCCCAUUUCUACUCAAAGCUGGUUGUGCUCCCCCGUUCCUCGUUGUUGGAUCUUUGAUUAUUGUCGGGUCAGGACUUAGCAUUCUCCUGCCUAACACCGAACUAAAAGCACUGCAAUAAUUACUUUUCUAUUUUAAAUUUGUGUAAUUAUAAGUAAAUAAAAUAAAACAAAAAACA